CUACGUUGUCAGCGCAGCUGUCAGUGUGUGUUGGGGCCGGUGUUUAGCUGUCUUUAGCCAACCGGCUAGCUAGUUAGCUACAAUAACAACAGGACAUAUGGCUGGAGUGCAACCCCAGGGGGAUCUCCUGAAAAUGUCUCACAGGGAGAACUGGAAAGUCCAGCAUGAGCGUCUGCACGUGAAGCACCGGGGCCAUGAGGCCAUGCAUGCAGAGAUGGUGCUCAUCCUCAUCGCUACGCUAGUGGUGGCUCAGAUCGUACUGGUACAGUGGAAGCAGCGGCACAACCGCUCAUACAAUUUGGUAACCCUGCUCCAGAUGUGGGUGGUUCCUCUGUAUUUCACUAUGAAGCUGUACUGGUGGAGGUUUCUGUCCAUGUGGGGAAUGUUCUCUGUCAUCACCAGCUAUGUCGUCUUCAGAGCUACACGCAAACCGCUUUCCUGCCGGACACCACGGAUGGUGUAUAAAUGGUUUCUGUUGAUCUAUAAGCUGAGCUACGCGGUGGGAGUGAUUGGAUACCUGACCAUCAUGUUCACAAUGUUCGGCUUUAACGUCUUCUUCAGGAUCAAGGCUGAGGACUCGAUGGAUGUGGGUGUUGUCAUGCUGUUCUAUGGUCUGUACUAUGGAGUGAUGGGACGGGACUUUGCUGAGAUCUGCUCAGACUACAUGGCCUCAACUAUAGGGUACUAUAACAUGGGAGGAAUGCCGUCCAGGAGCCUGACAGAUGAUAUCUGUGCGGUCUGUGGCCAGAAGAUCCUAGUAGACGUGGAUGAGGAGGGGAUUAUAGAAGAUACCUACCAACUCUCCUAUUCCACGAGUUCUGUAUCCGUGGCUGGUGCAUUGUGGGUAAGAAGCAGACGUGUCCGUACUGCAACGAGAAGGUCGACUUGAAGAGGAUGAUGAACAAUCCGUAUCCUUUCAUUGGCAGAGGCGAGAUCCACAGGACACAGGGAUUGGCUGAAUCUGAGAGCACAUUUUACACACACUUAUUCUUAUCAGCCUUUGAAAUCGUUGCAUGUUGCGUUUAAUAUUUUUGUUCAGUAUAAUUGUAAAGAAAAGUUUUAAACAUGUUUUACAGCAAUCAUUUUGAUCUGAUGAAUGGUCAGUGUUUGUUUACGAUAAUUGUAAAUUAUAGUUUUAACCAUGUUUUGAGGCUAUACAGUGUUUCUUUACAAUUAUACAUUGUUUACAAACAAUGGAGUAAAACAGGCUUACUUGCUGACCAGACAGCUCGCUUGCGUCCGCCCGCCCGCCGGCCUGCCAUCGCGUGCAUGUUGAUUUGGUCCCCACCACACCAAUUUGACGACAGGUCAAUAUGCAAACGUUUAUGGCAAUUUAGUUAACUAGCUUGCUGUUGCUAGUUAAUUUGUCCUGAGAUAUCAAAAUUGUGUUGUUUAUUUUACCUGAAAUGCACAAGGUCCUCUACUCCGACAAUUAAUCCACAGAUAAAAGAGUAAACUGAGUUUUGUUUCGAGUCAUCGCUCCUCCUUCAGGCUUCUUCUGUGGACUUUAUAUGGCGGUUGGUAACCAACUUUAAGGUGCAUUACCACCACCAACUGCACUGGAGUGUGGACCUCAGUUCAUCUUUCAAUCACCCACGUGGGUCUAUGCUUCUUAAAACCGAUGUGGGACUUGCAGCGCGUCAAGCUACACAAGUAGAACCAAGUUGUAUUUUAGCACCUGUCUACGCAGACGCUCGUUGACGCUCGCGAGCAGUGUGGGUGUAAUGAUUGACAUUUUAUUUUUGCAACGCUGGCCCUCGCGACCAGCAUGUUACAGUAUACGAUUGGAUCUGACGGGGUACAACAGUUGAACUAAGUUCAUGAGGCAUAAGUUCUAUUUUUCUUAGAAUCAAUGUGUGCGUAUAUAUCAUUCACUUAUGAGCAGAGCUCUGAAUGAACUUUUUUUUCCAUUGGUAGAUGUUAAAAAAAGUAAGGAGCACCAGGCAAAAUAUUGUCCUAUCGCUCCUAAUUGUCAUCAGUUGUUACCUUGACGAUGUAGAAUCACAACAAACAAACCUCCAGCAGGUGGAGUUCAGUAACUACGGAGAGAUUGAUGGUGAGAUGCUGGAGGAAGUGUUUAAUCGGUCAGUAGUCUACAUGAGUCGUAUGAGAAGAAUGCAAUUGUUGAAUUUAUGUAGAUAUUCUAAAGUGUUUUGAUAACUUACAUAGGGUUUCUCCCCAUACCAUUUCAAUUCAGUAAUAAUAAUAUAAUACAAGGGACCCUGGCUUUAUCAAAUGAUAGCUACCUACAUAACCAGCCAUCUACAUAACCAGCAAUAACGUUAUCUAACGAGCCUGGCCUACAUAACCAGCAAUAACGUUAUCUAACGAGCCUGGCCUACAUAACCAGCAAUAACAUUAUCUAACGAGCCGGGCCUACAUAACCAGCAAUAACGUUAUCUAUCGAGCCUGGCCUACAUAACCAGGAAUACCAUUAUCUAACGACGUUAGCUUAAUUAUGCCACAGAGUUCAUUGUAUUCCAGUAUCAAUCGGUACGUUCACCACCACUGGUCAUUGCACACCAAGCUAGCGUGUUACUGGUGCGGACUUGGGGACCGACGAACUCCAAGCUCCUAUUCCACAUACUAGCCAGCUACGGUCUUUUGGGCAAGGCAAUGAAACCAUAGAACUUUGGCUGUGGAGGCGUUGGUCAAUCCGUACAGGACCCAUGAUCCUUUUGAAGGCAUCGGGAGCAAUGAAAACAAUUGAGCCCCGUUCAAUGAAAGGCUAGCGAAGGGGCAAUUUGCACAUGGAGCUUGGCUAAAAGACGGGGCAUGAUCUGUUGACAUAAUUGUUAAUCCAAAGACAACUUUCAUUUACUCGUUGUGACGCUCUGAGGUUCCAAACUCAGUUUAAGACGAGACUGACUUUACGACUAAAAUUAUCCUAUUUUAAACACAACACACUUUAAAUGAAGUUUUAGCAACGAUUGGUGUUUUAGGUUGCUGGACCCAGUGGUGUUUUAGGUUGCUGGACCCAGUGGCGUUUUAGGUUGCUGGACCCAGUGGCGUUUUAGGUUGCUGGACCCAGUGGCGUUUUAGGUUGCUGGACCCAGUGGCGUUUUAGGUUGCUGGACCCAGUGGCGUUUUAGGUUGCUGGACCCAGUGGUGUUUUAGGUUGCUGGACCCAGUGGUGUUUUAGGUUGCUGGACCCAGUGGUGUUUUAGGUUGCUGGACCCAGUGGCGUUUUAGGUUGCUGGACCCAGUGGUGUUUUAGGUUGCUGGACCCAGUGGCGUUUUAGGUUGCUGGACCCAGUGGCGUUUUAGGUUGCUGGACCCAGUGGUGUUUUAGGUUGCUGGAAAUGUGCUUUCUGGUCUUAAUAUGAGAUUAGUUAGAGUUAGGCAUAAGGUUAGCGUUAUGGUUAAGGUUAGGUUUAGAAGAGAAAUUCUGACAUAAUUCUGACUUUGUAGCUAUGGUAACGAGAGACGAACUUCCACUUAGCCGCGUUAAUAUGCGAAGCCACUCGUCUCUAAUCAUGUAGAUUUGUUUUCCGAGGAGGUGUAUCGGAAGGCAGAAUCUCCGACAGUGUCCUCAUCAUCAUCAUCAUCAUCAUCGUCUUUUUCUGAUUGAUCGUUUUUGUCAUUUAAAAAAAAAAAAAAAAUUGUCAAAGAACUUAAAUUAUUUCAGUGUUGCUCUUCUUGCUAGUUAGCUUGCUAGCUAACACCGUUACUUAACGGACAGAAAAUGAACGGCACAGUUCUGAGGGAAAGUUUGAGCGAAAAAGGGAUUGGAUGUGUGUACCAGGCAUGUGAUUUGUUUUAAUUAGCAACAUUUUAAACAUUUUGUAGAAUUUAUGAUUGGUUAUGAUUUGUAAACCAAUGUAUCGGCCUGUCUGUAGUUGGAGCAGACAAGAGUGUUGAAGCAAAAUAUUGUUACGCUUUGAGUUUUUUUUAUUUUUUUAUAUAUAUAUAUAUAUUGGAUAAUGUUUUUUGUCUCACGUUGCUUACAUGAUAAAUGUACCGGUCGUACUGCAACCUUUUUCUGCAACCAAGGCCAUGUUAAUAAAUUGUAUUCUUCAAGAAUCAAUCAAUUAAUUGAAGAUUCAAGAAUCUUCAAUUAAUUUAUAAUUAAUUUAGAAUUCCACAAAUGGACCAAUCGCUCCUUAACACCUACCCCUCCCCCUCCUC